AUGAAGCACCAGAAGACGGAGCGAUUAAGGGCGCGAGCGGAAGCUCGGACUGCAGACAAAAGUGAAGAAGUAAUAAAGCGUCCGUCAGUGGUUCGUUCGGGUGUAAACCAAGUUACGAAGCUCGUAGAACAAAAGAAGGCACAGUUGGUUGCUAUUGCGCAUGAUGUUGAACCUAUUGAAAUUGUACCAUAUUGUGUUGUCAAAGAGAAGGCACGUCUUGGCCAAGUUGUUCAUCGAAAGACUGCCUCUUGUAUUGCUAUCGUUGAUACAAAUCCUGAAGAUAAGGUAGCUUUAUCGAAACUGAAGAACACAGUGAUAGCGAAUUAUAAUGAACGCGCUGAUGAGAUCCGAAAGCAUUGGGGAGGUGGUAUUAUGUCAACCCGUUCACAGGCAAAGAAAGCAUGGAUUGAAAGAGCACGAGCUAAAGAAUUCGCACAAAAAGUUUAA